GUCUCGCGAAGUUUGCCCCUUUGCCCCUCCCUGCGCACUCAUUGGUCCCUGGCUGCACCUCUGACUGGGCAUGUGUGUAUGUGUGCCGCUUAGCUGUUAGCGUGAAGCGAUGGCCGCAGACAAGCAAAACGACGCUAAAGUUUCCCUAAUGGAAGAAAAUAAAGAAAACUUACCGGAUGGAGGACUCGGACUGGAAAUCUUGCAAAUCAUCAAAGAAUCCCAGCAGCAGCACGGCCUCAGGCAUGGAGACUACCAGAGAUACAGGGGCUACUGUUCCCGCAGGCUACGGCGCCUCCGCAAGACUCUUGGCUUCAAGAUGGGAAACCGACACAAGUUUGUUGGGAAGAAAGUCACUGUGGAAAUGCUUUCUGAUAACAGGUAUCUUCUGCUGGUUUUGAUGGAAGCAGAGCGUGCAUGGAGCUACGCCAUGCAGUUGAAGCAGGAGGCCAAUACAGAGCCACGUAAGCGCUUCCACCUGCUGUCACGACUACGUAAGGCUGCAAAGCACAGUGAGAAGCUGGAGAAGCUCUGCGAAAGCCCCCGUGUGGACGCCAAAACUAAACUGGAGGCACAGGCCUACACUGCAUACCUGACUGGAAUGGUGGAGUUUGAGCUGCAGGAGUGGAAACAAGCCAUGGAGGCUUUCAACAAGUGCAAGACCAUUUAUGAGAAGCUGGCCAGUGCCUUCACUGAGGACCUGGCAGUUCUGUACCGCCAGCGUGUAGACGAGAUAUCGCCCAACAUUCGCUACUGCGCUUACAAUAUUGGUGAUCAGAAUGCCAUCAAUGACCUGAUGCAGAUGAGGCUGACUGGUGGAGGAGGUGGCAUGAUGGCUGAGAAACUAGAGGCACUGAUUACUCAGGCGCGAACCAAGCAGGCGGCCACUAUGAGUGAAGUGGAGUGGCGAGGACGCACGGUGCCUGUGAAGAUCGACAAGGCUCGCGUCUUCCUGUUGGGUCUGGCAGACAACGAGGCCGCCAUCGCUCAGGCAGCUAAUGAGGAAACCAAAGAACAUCUGUAUGAGACCCUGCUGGCCGAGUGCAGAGACACCAUCCAGGCAGUGAAAGAGGAGCUCAAGACUGAGGCGAAACAGCGAGAGAGGAGCUCUGAUGGUGACACUGGGAAGGUGUCCAACCUGCAGUACCUGCACAGCUACCUGACCUACAUUAAGCUGUGUACACUGGUGAAGAGGAAUGAGAGCAUGGCUCAUACUCUGCAGGCCAAACUGAAGGAGCCCGAGGCGGACGAGAGCAAGAGGGGGCCCCGUCCACAGGAUCUCAUCCGCCUGUAUGACAUCAUCCUGCAGAGUCUGGCAGAGCUCUCCACCCUGCAGGGUCUGGAGGAUGACCACACCUUCCAAAAGGAGGUGUCCCUGAAGACCCUGGUCUACAAGGCCUACAGGUGUUUCUUUAUAGCCCAGUCUUAUGUGUUAGUGAAGAAGUGGAGUGAGGCGCUGGUGUUGUAUGAAAGGGUGCUGAAAUAUGCCAAGGAAGUCCAAUCUAAGGCCAAGAGCCUCAACAACAGCCUCAAGGAUCUCCCCGAUGUCCAGGAGCUCAUUGCUGAGGUCAACGCUGAAAAAUACUCACUUCAAGCUGCUGCCAUUUUAGACACCGACGAGAUAGUUGAAGUUCCUCAGCAGCUGGUGAAAGACAACACGCCCCUCUGUGACCACCUGGAGACCUUCCGCUUUGACCCCAGUCUCGUCGGAAAACAGCCCAGUCUGGUCCAGUUCCCACCCGACUUCCAGCCAAUCCCCUGCAAGCCUCUGUUCUUUGACCUUGCUCUUAACCAUGUGGCCUUCCCACCGCUGGAUGACAAGGUGGAACAGAAGGGCAAGGGCGGUCUGACUGGCUACAUCAAGGGCAUUUUUGGCUUCGGCAGCUAAACCUAAACCCACACUUCAACCUCCAUGUGAGAGCCACAGGGCCCAGAGUUUACUGCAACCAGCCAGAAUUGGGUCAGCUGUUAGUUAGAAUCAUUUCAGUUUGUCUUUUAUGUUUAAUUUUUAGUGCCUAUGUGCAGAGGGGUUGGAGUUGGCAGUUCUGAGGAAGACGGAGUCAAUAUAGUCUUCUCAGAAAGAUUAAUGAAAUAGUAGCACUAUGACCCAAGUCCACAUCCAGCUUCAGUAAUCGUAUCAGCCUGCAUGGCUUCACAGCAUACAGGCUCCCUCCUUAAACUGAGCAAUGGAGGUGUUGGCAACUUUUAACACAUUAAUAUGCCGUGGUUUUGAUGAGUGAAGUCAAGCUGUCAAUCUCACGGUAAAAGAUUAAAUUUUUUCCCUCCUGUGUUUUAAAUGCGCCUUCAUAUUGUGUUUUUUUUUUUUUC